AAUAAUAAUCGCGCCAAACAAACUCUAUAAUAUCUCACUAACGUAACUAACUCAGUAACCAAUUCUUCACUCACCGUUGCAAAAUCUCUCUCACCAUGUUUAACACCUUCAGUUUCUCUCUCUACCUUCUCCUCUCUCUCCUCCUAACAACCACCGCCACUUCCCUCCCUACAAUCGGCAUCACAUAUUCAACCACCACCACUCAAUCCCCAACACCACCACCACAACCACCACAAGAACGCAUCACCACCGCAAUGCAAAAUCUCAAACUCACUUCCCUCCGUCUCGAAGAACCAAAUCCAACCAUCAUCCGAAGUCUUCUCUACACCAACAUCUCUCUCUUCCUCACCAUUCCAAAUUACAUGGUUACCCCUAUCGCUAACAAUCGUUCAAUCGCACGUGCAUGGAUCUACACUCACGUGCUUCCUUUCUACCCUCGCGCCAAAAUCACCACCAUCUCCGUCGGUAACGCUUUUCACGACGUGUAUCCAGAAUCCAUCAACAAUCUUCUCCCUGCAAUCACAAACGUACACGUGUCACUCCGUGAUCUCGGUAUUCGUAAGAUUUCUGUUUCAACUUCUUUUUCCUUCGUUACAACCGUUUCUUAUCCGUUUCCACCGUCUUCCGCCACUUUUCAAGAACCUCCCGGCGUUAACCUAAUCGGUCCUUUACUUCAAUUCUUGAGCGAUACAAAUUCUUCGUUCUUGAUUAAUCUUUACCCUUACAAUCUUUACCGUUUACAACCGGCGAUUCCUCUCGGAGUCGCACUUUUUGAAGAGCAUCCGUUUAAUUUCCGUGACGAUUUCACUACCGGAGUUCGUUACCGGAAUUUGUUUGACAUUAUGGUUGACUCUGUCGUUAGUGCAAUGGCUUUCGCCGGAUACGAAACGAUUCCGGUUAUUGUUACUGAAACGGGAUGGCCUAGCGCCGGGAAUGAGCUUGACGCGAAUCCAGGUUAUGCGGAGGUUUAUCUGAGGGGAUUGGUGAAGCAUUUGAAGUCCGGUGCCGGAACGCCGUUGUUGAAAGAAGGAGUGAAAGCGGUUUAUCUUUACGAGCUGUUUGAUAAAGACGGAUCGGGUCGAAAUUGGGGAAUUUUGUACCCGAAUGGUUCAACGAAGUAUCGAAUUGAUUUCUCUGAAGCUUCACGUUCGUAUUUGAUGAAUUGGAUUAACGUGGCUUUGAUUUUGGCGUUGAUCGUCGUUGAGGUUUGUUGCAUGGUUAUUGUUCAUUAGAGUUUUUGUUAAGUUUCUGUUAAUGUUGUUUUAGAUUUUGGGAUUAGUCACUAAUACUAAGUGAUUACUGGUUAAUUACUGGAGAGAGUUGGAUUAAAAUCUUCAUUGUGGUGUAUUCUAAUUUUUUUUUUUUUUUUUAUGUUUCCAAAUAUUACUACCAAAAUGCCCGUAUUAUAUUUUUGAUGAAUGUUAAUGGUUCAUUUUUGUUUAAUCCAAAAGAAUUAUUAUUA